AUGCUGCCCCCGGGAGACCCCGAAGACGCAGACAACUCCAUCUUCCGGGGCAAAAGGCGGGCCCCUGCUUCCCCGCUGCAGCAAGCAGCGCAGCAGCAGCAGCAGCAGCAGCAGCAGAGCGAAGAUGCUGCAGCACUUGAAGACAGCUUGAUGGCGCUGCUGCUGCCGGAGGGAGCCUCAGCAGCAGCAGAAGCAGCAGCAGCAGCAGCAGCAGCAGCAGCAGACUCCGACGCCGCCUCCAACGCCGCCUUAGCAGAGCUCGCGGGGCUCUCCCCCACCGCCCUGGGGGGCCCCCUGGGGCCCCCGGGGCCCCCAGGAUCCCCGGGGCGCAGCAGCAGCUGGGGGCGGGCAGGAGCUGCUGUCGGCGGGCGUUGGGGGCUGCUGCGCAGCAGCAGCAGCAGUUGCUGCUUGCGGGGCGCAGCAGCAGCAGCAGCAGCAGCAGCAGCCCGUGCAGAGUACAAUCCGCGGAAGGUGAAUGCAUGCAUAGUGCGGCUGCGGCGGCCGCGCUGCACGGCGAUGAUCUUCCGUUCGGGCCGAGUUAUGCUCACCGGCGCCCAGAGCGAAGCCGCUGCGCUGCGGGCCGCGCGGCUGCUGGUCAAAAUGCUGGAGGCCAUCUUUUGCCCCAAACCGCCUGUUGCUGCUGCUGCUGCUGCUGCUGCGGAGCCGCAGCAGCUGCUGCAGCUGCUGCAGCUGCCGCCGCCGGAGACGCAGGAGGCGCCGGGGGACCCGCCAGCAGCAGCAGCAGGGCCACUGGCGCUGCUAUCCGAGAGCAGCGAAGGCAGCACUGCAGCAGCAGCAGCAGCAGCAGCCUCCGCGCCAGCAGCAGGAGCCGCUGCUGCUGCUGCUGCUGCUGCUGCUGCAGCCCCCGAGCAGCAGCAACUGGCAGUGCGAGAGGGGCCCCCCGCCCCCGAAAAGGCCCUGGGGGCCCCCGCAGCGGCGCAGGGGGCCCCCCGGAGCAGCGCAGAGAACUGCAGCAGCAAGCAGAGCUGCAGCAGCAAACAGAGCAGCAGCAGCAGCAGCAAACAGAACUGCAGCAGCAUAAAGCUCGCGGACUUCGCCGUGGAAAAUAUUGUUGCAACAGCAGACUGCGGCCUCCCAGUGAGGCUUGAGGGGCUGGUGUACCGCUACAGCCCCACGCCUUCGCUGAAGGCCGUGCUGCUGAUUUUCGUCAGCGGCAAAGUCGUCAUAACUGGCUGCCGCGCGGAAGCAGAAGUGGAAGAAGUUUUCAAUUCUUUUUUUCCCGUGCUGCUCAAGUACCACACCUAG